AUGGCCGGCGUUGAAAAGCCACUACCGCUUUGGUACACUAGGCAAAUAAUAGAAGAGAAUGGCACUGCCAGACAACAUGGAGAUACGCUAGAGAAAAGAGGUAUUUCUGUGGACGAUUUAUUGAAUCCAUCGAGGGAAAACCAUUCGAAGAAAAUUAAGUACUUAUAUCGGGUGAGUUUCUCUCUUGGUCGUUCUAGCACAGUAGUCAAGGCAAUUUUGGAAUAUUGUAAGAUGUAAUUUGAUAGUUAUGUGUUUGUUCUUGCUUCCUCUUAAGAUCAACCCAAAUAUCAAGCAAAAGCUCCUCGAAUUUGGACCGAAAAACGCAAAAUUAAUACCAUUUUCCGAGGUAACAUACGAACGCCCAGGAGGAGUAUGGGAUGCGCUUUUAGCUAAGUGGAUCAAAACAGUCAAAACAAAUCGUGGCGAUACUGAUGGAUCUUCCACUAGCAGUUCUACGUCCCCGUCAGAGGAGGAUGUCAUCCAAGAGCGUGUAGCACGAGAUCUUAUUUCCUCCAUCGAAGAAGAACACAACCUAUCCUUCCGUGACAGUAAGUUUCCACUGUUUGGCUUCAUGAGAGAAGUUGCUACAAAUGAGAACAAACAUCCCAAGGUGUAUCUUUGGCAAGGAGAAGCUGAUGCCAUUGCAUGCAGUUGGGCACUCGAGAAGACCCCGGUCAUGAUCGUGGAGUUUAAGGUCGUCGACAAUUUGUCGGAUUAUUGGGAGAAAAAAACCGAUUUAUGCGGGAAGCAUUUGCAUCAGUGCUUGGUUUAUGCGAAGCUUCUAAAGCUGCACAUGAAGCUUNAGACCCCGGUCAUGAUCGUGGAGUUUAAGGUCGUCGACAAUUUGUCGGAUUAUUGGGAGAAAAAAACCGAUUUAUGCGGGAAGCAUUUGCAUCAGUGCUUGGUUUAUGCGAAGCUUCUAAAGCUGCACAUGAAGCUUCCUUACCUGCCUCCUAGCCUCAUAGUAGUCAUCCAUAAAGUUACCGGGAAAGAGGAGUACUUCGCGCUGUUUAAAGACUACCCUAAAGAGUGCCAUGAAAAACUUGAUGAGUAUGAGUGGUUCACUGAGCAGCCCCCGAAACGUCCUCUCAAGAUAGCGAACACUGACAAGCUGUUGCAUGAAAAUUUUCGAUAUAUGUGCCGAGAUGUGGUGGUUGCUCCUGCACAAAGAAAGCUGUCAGAUAUUUUUGGAGAGGAAGCCACAGUGAAGGACCUCCUGGAUUCCCUUGGCCACGAUUCCCUUGAGAUCUUUAGACAGGAACGAUAA